AUGACCCGCCCCCUCCCCCUGUACACAGUACGCGUGGGAUCGUGCGGUGGGGAGGGAGAUGGGGAGGUGUCGCCGGCGAGGGUUUGGUUGGGCGGGCGGGAGGGUAGUGAAGAGGUUCCGGCUGGGGUGAGGUGGCCGCCGGUGGAUGGGGUGGAGGGGGUGAAGGGGUAUGAGGUUGGGUUGAAGGAGAACGUGGGCGGGGCGGGGGAUGUGCCGAUUCGGUGCCAUUGUGGUGGGAUCGAUUUGGUGCUGCGGGCGGGUGAGGCGCAGAGGGAGUUUCAGGAGACCCAGCGGCAGGGUGGGGAGCUGCCUUGGUUUAUUGACCCUACCACGCACAAGGGGCUCGGCUCGCUGGAUGCCUGCGACUCGUGCCGGACGGCAGCCGGGUCUGAGGUGUACAACUGGACCUUUGCGAAGCUCAAACAUAUCUCGUUCGCGGGGGCCAACCAGGAGGGCUUCCCUGCCGAUACUCUGCAGCUGAAAGCUGCUACCGAGCUAAAGGAUGGUGAGGGCCGCGAUCCCAGGCUCGGUGCCAUCACGUUUUACGCCAGUUCACCCGACGUUCAGCGGUACUUUUGCGGCAGGUGCUCAGCGACCUUGUUCUAUGCUGUGGAUGAGCGACCCGACAUCGUGGAUGUGGCAGUCGGGUUGCUGGACUCACCCGAUGGUGCGAGAGCUGAGAGCGCCAUCUCGUGGUCUUUUGGGGGUGACAUGACUUGGAGGCAAGACAUGAUCGAUACAUGGAGGGAGGGGAUGUUGCAUGCAGUGGAAAAGGAGGUAGAGGACUGGAGGAUCGAAAGGGGCUACCCCAAGCAUUGGCGCAGAGUUGCAAGGGAGGAAGCUGAGAAGAGUGGUCGAAAGUGA